CUGCCGAAACUUCUGCAUAUGAAACGGCAUUAUGGCCAGUAAGCAGCGGCCGAAGCAAUACCGACGUUACCUGGCACCUUUAUCCGAAGAGAGCGUGCCGCGGUCGACGCGUGCUCGGUGGCAUCAGACCGAAAAGGUAGGCUUUUAUAGUCGGUGAACCGUAAGAUUUUAUUGACGAAAUCUUUUUGUUGUCAGAUUCUUGCUGAAGGCGCCCCGCGACCUUUGGAGCAGAAGUCAGCUGCGCAGUCUCACAAUCGUGGAGAUGGUCCGCCAUGUUCUGGACAAGGGAUUGAAGCUUGUUUGACCACUGGCCACCUAAGUGAGACAGACUGCAGUGGGCCAACUUCUCGACAGAGUGAGAUUUCUUUGGCUGAAAUGUCACCGGUGUUGCUCUCGGGUGAAAUUCCGCAAACUGAAAGUAUGUGUGAGGAGGCCGAGUCUCCGUGCAGCGCAGACAGCCUUUCGAGCUUCUCAGUUAGCUCUCCGGGGAGCUCAGAGUGCGAAGAGAAGGACAUUCAGAGCGAAGGAGAGCAGCCUGGCUCUCCUACUGAACAUGUUUCUGAUGCACCAUCAGCAUUCAGCGUCAAGGGUUUUGACUUGACUACUCAAAUUUGCAAAUGUACAACAACGACCGUAGCGGAAGUGCUUGUUCUUCUGCUGUCAUUUCUUGCAAAGCACCGGCCUACUGUGUCAGCCUUGGUUGACAUCCUGCAGCUCUUCAAUGUCGUGUUCCAGAAGGACAUCCUGCCUAGUACAAAGUACCUGUUCAACAAAGCAUUUUCCAGUCCCUCCCUCAUGAUGCAGUAUCACAUGUACUGUGAGUAUUGUCUAGGAUAUGUUGGCAUCCGAGAGCAGCUACGUUUGCAACAGUCAACAUGUCCACAUUGCCACCAGAAAUUUUCAGUGACAACUUCACCCUACUUUCUCAUGUUACCCCUUGCACCACAACUAAAGUUCAUGUUGGAAAAUCAACCAGGGUUGGUCCAGGAACUUCAAUACAGGAAUGAAAAGAAACACAAAAAUAUAUCCUGUCUUGAAGACAUCUUUGAUGGCACUCUGUAUCAGGAACUUUCCAAACCUGGUGGCCUCUUGUCUUUCUGUAACAAUUUUUCAUUUUCUUUUAACACUGAUGGAGCUCCAGUGUUCAAAUCUUCCCGUGCCUCUGUGUGGCCUAUUCAUAUCAUGCUAAAUGAACUACCACCAGUGUCCAGGGAAAAGAAUUUGCUGCUGGCAGGCUUGUGGUAUGGUAAGGGGGAACCAAACAUGGAUAUGUUUCUGAAGUCGUUUGUCGAUGAUGCAAAGCAUCUGGCUACAAUAGGAGUUACAUGGAAGCAUGUUGAUGGUACCCUUAUUAAUAGUAAAUUCGUUGCAACCUGUUGCUGCGUAGACAGCGUUGCUCGUCCUGCGAUGCAAAAGUUAAUGCAGUUCAAUGGCUAUUAUUCUUGUGGGUGGUGUUACCACCCUGGUGAGAACGUAGGUAAUGUUGUCAAGUACCCUGUAGGCCCAGAAUGCUACCCCGACAGGACUAAUGAGACAAUGGAAAAGGAAAUGGAACAAGCAUUUGUAACGAAGACAACCAUUUUUGGUGUCAAGGGCCCGUCUGCAUUGAUAAACAUGCCAAAGUUUGGGAUAGUAUCUGGGUUCGUACCAGACUACAUGCAUGCUGUCCUUCUUGGGGUGGUACGGCAACUAGCAGAGCUAUGGUUCUCGUCUGUUGGUGAAAAGUUUUAUAUUGGAGAGCCCUCGACUGUAGCUAAAAUUAACAAGAGAUUAGAAAGGAUGUUUCCCCCCAAAACUGUUUCUCGACUGCCAAGGCCCAUUUCUGAGCGACGGUUCUGGAAGGCGUCGGAGUGGAAAUGCUGGUUGUUGUACUAUGCUUUUCCUUGCCUGGAUGGCAUUCUUCCAAGAAAAUAUCUUAAACAUUUUGCUUUGCUUUCACAGAGUGUGUAUGCUCUGCUCAAGGACUCUGUGACGCAUACAGAUGUGAAUAAUGCCGACCUUAUGUUGACCGAGUUUGUUUGUGGGAUGCAAGAGUUGUACACGAAAACGUCAAUGACAUAUAACGUCCAUCUUCUCACUCAUCUGCCGAAAAGCGUAAAAGAGUGGGGCCCGUUAUGGGCCCAUUCUGCUUUUGCAUAUGAAUCUGCAAACGGCUUUCUUUUAAAAUUAGCAAAAGGGACACGAAAAGUACCUCUGCAAAUAGCCAAGAGUUAUCUUUUGUACCGCUCUGUGUACUACUUCGUUAAAUGCUACAUCAGGCAACAAACAGUGCAAGAGUUUUGUGAGGGCUUGCUUGGGUCAAAGCGCUUAGUGCAUACAAAUGAGGUGGAGAAAUGCCACCUUAUUGGCAAAGGCUUAAAACAUGCAAGUAGCCACAAUUUUUUUGGUAGCUCUGUUGUUUUACCUGGCAGUGUCUGUACUGUGUAUAAAAGGGUGAUUGCAGGAGGUGAGUUGUUGCACUCUAAAGAAUAUGGUAAAUGCAAGCGUCGCAAUAAUUCCUUUGUACAAUUGAAAAACGGGUUGUGUGGAGAAAUAUUGAAAAUCUGUGUAUACAAGGAAAAUGGUGUUUACCGUUGUGUGCUACUUCUUGAAGAGUAUGUCUCGUCAAGAACGCUUCAUGUGACCCAUGUAAAUGAGUAUUAUUCUAAGCAGAAUGUGAGGAUUGUCUCAGCAGACAAUGUCUUGUCAAAAUUUGUUGUCAUGCGGUCAGGCAACAGGUUAUUUGCCAGCCUUUUGCCCAACUAUUAUGAAAAGGAGUAACCAUCAUGUCAUGUUAGUAGGUAUGUUUGAUUUGCCUACACCACCUGCACUGGUACUCUCAGUGUAUGUACAUCACUGUAUCCUACUUGUUGGUGCAGACUAUCUUGAGGACUCUUUAGGGGCUUGUUGUGUUUGGUCUCCAGGAUCGAAAUAUUGUAACAAAAGGACGAGGACAGAACCACUUGUGGUGUCUGUCCUUGUUCCAUUAUGUGAAAUGCCUUUAAUCCUGGACAAUGCAUACCGUAAUUACAUUGCCCUGCACUGUACACUUUCUGCACCAUGCAGGUGGGUGCAGCUAAAUCAAGCAUACCUACUGACAUUAGCAGGGUGUCUACCAACCUAAAAAAGCUAUAAUUGCAAAGGAACUUUUGAGCUUCUGAAAAAGUCAGGGAAAUCAUGAAAAACUUAGCUAAAUCUGAGAAAAUGAUCACUGACUUAACAGAGCCAUCUAUGUAGCAUUUUGUUUAGAGGGAAACAGCCAUAUGGUUUUGGCGUCAGCCUUUCUUGGCAUGUGCGUCCCUCCUGCCGCACGGAACUACAAGUGUAGCUAGUUCUGAAGUUUCACAUGUAAAAGAAAACCUAGAAAAGUCUGCGAAUUUGACAUGUAAUAGUUUGGUAGACACCAUGAUUAAGCAAUAAUGUAGGGAUAAUUGCUCUUUGGGAGAAGUCUGUUUUCAUAAAGAUGAAGGUGACUAGGGCUGUAUUAAACAAGAACACGUACAAUGGGUUACUGUAUGCAAAAUGCUUUACUUUUGUACUGUGAAAGGUUGCAGCUUCCAGUUAAAAUAAAGCAUUGUAUUUGAAAGAGCA